CUUUUUCCUUUUUCUUUUUUUUUUUUUAAAAAAAAAAUGCCAAAUACUAUUCCUGAAAAUUAUAAUAAUAAUAUUAUUAUUAACGGUAAGCCCACGCACCCUAAUGAUUUUAAAAUUGUUCGCCAGGGCCCACCUGAAUCAUUUUCAAGUAAACUUGUUGCGGUUAGACCAUUUGCAAAAGGGUCUAUUAUUGCCACUUUGGAGGGGCUUACACCUGGUGCUAAACGUUAUUCGACAGUGCAGGUUUCUAAAGAUAAGCAUAUUGAAUUAAAUAGUGAUCUCGUUUUCAUGAAUCAUUCAUGUGAUCCUUCAACUUUUAUGGAUGUUGAUCAUUCAGUUGUGGUUGCCACUAGAGACAUAGCUCCUGAUGAUGAAUUGACCUUUUUCUAUCCUUCCACUGAAUGGGAUAUGGCACAACCAUUUUCAUGCUGGUGUGGUUCAUCAAAGUGUAUUGAAACAGUUCAAGGAGCCCGAUAUCUGUCAACAAAUACCUUAAAGCAGUUUGUUUUGAGCAAACAUAUCGAGGAACUCAUUCAGGAGAGAGAUUUGAGAGUGUUGUAAUUUAUACGUGAUAAUUUAAUAAAGUUUUUGGUUAAGAGAAUAUUUUUUAUUAUGUUAAUUCAAGAAAAAAAAAACAAAGAAUGAAGAAGUAGGGGAAAUAUAACAAAAAAGAAAUAAUAUCUGU